UGAUGACGACUUAUUAGGAAUUCCAAGCACUUAUCUUGGAAAGACACCGUGUAUUUCAUAUUUUACAAACCUUGGUCAUUGAUUUUCUUGGAAGGAACACGAUGUGGAUUGUAUCAGGAAUCAUGUAUUACCAUUAAUUUCGUCAUCAAAUUGUAGCAGACAGUCAAAAUGAACGGGACGAUGGAGCAACAUGACAACGAUCGAGUGAUCGAUAUGAAUGAAUUCUGCGAGGUGGAGGCUCAGAAAGCUGCGUCUACUUUCGCCUUCGCCUACCACCGGUUCAUAAGUGUCAACCCCCCGGCCGAGGGUGCACCACCCGUGGAUGAGAAUAGAUUUGCCCGGCGUUUCGCCGAUCACUUCAUGGACCAUUUUGAAACAGAAGUACGGCGAGCCUACAACACCGUCAGCCCGUCUGAUUUCAGGGAAGACCAGCGCAACGCAAAUGACGCCGCCCUGGAAAGCCCCGCUAGUCCCGCGGACUCGGAGUCCAACGCGAACGUCAACACCAGGCUUUUGUCGGACUCUUCCGGAGGACGGCCUGAAGUCCGGAACGGGAAUGUGUUCAAUGGUGAGUCCAACAGUAGAUACUCCAGCACCUCAAGCAUUGAUGGUAACAGCAGAAAUAUCCUCCCCGCUGUAGGAGGCGGACAAAGAACUGAGAAUAAAGUUCUGCGGAAAUUCUCUUUCCGGAACAUGACUGAAAAUGUAAUGAAUCGGUUUCGAAGGGGACACACGGUGGCCCAACAUCGUGGGGUCAAGUACCAGCCAGAAGAUAUUGUCCGAGAAGGAAAUGUGAACUAUCUUGUCGGUGAGGACAAUCAAGGGAAACAAAAAUGGGAGCGAACUCGAUUGAUAUUGGUGAAACGCCUGGAGGGGCACAUGCUGGAUUUUUAUUCCCCGCCAAAGUCGAGCAAACCAAGAAUUGGAAUUUUCUGCUUUCUGAUUGAAGAAGCGAGAGAGACGACAGCGCUGGAAUUACCGGAGAAAGACAACACAUUUGUCUUGAAGGCAGAGAACAACCUUGAGUAUGUGAUAGAAGCCCAGAGUAUGCAGGACAUGCGUUCCUGGCUGACUAAUAUACUGGCAUGCAUGCAUCUUCCUGUUGCACCAAGGAGACCGUUACCUAGCGUGCCUCAGUUGCCUGAUCUACCAUCAUCAACUUCCUCCACUCAAAACUUCUUGAGACCAAAACCAAAUCUCACAGUGCAAAUCCCACAAUCAGAUUCAAACGGUCCUAACUCAAGGAGUCCCUUAACACCAGAGCAUUCCAUCGAGGGUUUCUCCAGUCGAGAUCCGAGUCCCCCUUCGUCCCCGCCACCGCAGGUACCCCCUAGACGUCGGCAAGGCAACAGUCUAGAUCGGUUACCUAGCGGCAGCUCAGAUGUACCAACAACCCCUGAAAUGCCUAUGCAGACUCAAUCACGUUUACAAGAUGGAUCAAAUCAAAACUUAAACCAACCGUCAUCAGACCCAAUGGCCUCAACAUCGGAACACCUGAACGAGUUCCCAUGGUUUCAUGGUACGUUAUCAAGGGUGGAUGCAGCACAGCUUGUCCUACAAGGAGGUAACACAAGACAUGGCGUAUUCCUGGUCAGACAGAGUGAAACAAGACGUGGGGAAUGCGUACUGACGUUCAACUUUCAUGGCAGACCAAAGCAUUUACGCAUGACUCUGGAUGAAAGCUGUCGAUGCCAAGUCACACACAUGUGGUUUGAAAGUAUUUUUGACAUGCUGGACUACUUUCGCUCCCAUCCUAUACCACUGGACAGCAGAGAUGGUGCAAUCCAACCGGACGUCACACUGACCGAAUUCGUCCCGAAUGCGCAGUCAGUCAGCACACCAAGCACCCCGCUUACACCACAAACGCCGGAUGGUGCCAACAGAGGGCUCGGCACCUCAAAUUCCCUCAUGAUUUCAAACGAGUUCUUAGGAUCCGGCAGCCAGUUUUCCUUGUCCAUGAAUUCGGCCGGUCAGUCGCCUUCUCCACGGGAUGGUCAGAAUGGCCAUCGGUCAUCGGCGAGGGCAGUACGGAAUCAGUAUUCAUUUGUCUAAACAAGCUUUCAAUAGACCCUCCCCAUGUAAUAUGUAAAUUGCACAUAGCGCCUGUGCAUUAACCUUUUGGUGUGCAAAAUGAGGAAACAUCGCGCCGUUUUGUAUGGGGCUAAUGUAUGCAUGCAUGAAUGUAAUUAGCAUAUUUCACGGGAAGGGUCUAUUGUUUGGGCACAGCAGCAACUUAAAGAAGCAGACUGGUCAAAGGUCAUUUGAAACACUCUUGAAUAUGCAGAGUAUCUUUAUCUGAUUGAGGAUAAUUGUCUUCAUGUAGCAGUACAUAAUACAUGUUGUUAUCCAUACUGUAAUUGUGUUGCAAUUCGAUAUGCUACAUAUUUCAAAAUAAUGAGAUUAAUUUGGAGAUUUAUGUAAGAUACUCUGCAAAAGUUGAUGGCAUUUCUUGCUUAUUUGAAAUCUACUAGAACUUUGUGUUAAAAUAGAUGAUCACUGUUUAGCUUUUGCCAACAACAUUUUUUUGCCAAAUCUACUUGUCCACUCGCUUUUUUUGGACCUGUAUUUCUGUAAUUUGUUUAGAAAAUCACACUCUGUAUCCUGUAUGAAUAAGAAUAGAGCACAUGAUACAGUACAUGUAGAUGUAGAUGAGCUGCCUCGUUUAUUGCCUUGAUCAAGCAUUUUGCUUUUGACGCUUUUUUUUUUACCUAUUUGCAAUUUUUAUAAGGAUACAAGCUCUGAAAUGCUCAAAUUUACCUUAUUUUCAAUGCCGUUAAUUGCUUACACUCAACACUUAAAUCUGAAAUCAACAGUUUGAUAUUACUUUUUAACAUGUAAAAAAGCAAACCCAUUUGUGUUGAAAAAAAAAUGCAGUCCCAAUUUUGCUUUUGUUUUUUAAUAACCUGAUGAACAGUGAGAACAACAAAUUGAAAUGAUUUAACAUGAAGAGAACACAAUCACAAUUACAAGUACUUGAAAAAGAAAAGUCAUGUAUUUUUUUUCAAAUAAGGAAUUGUAACAUUGCUGUUUUCAUGAAAAGGUGCUUUUUUUUUAGUAGUGGCUUCUUAUAAAGUGUGCAUAUUCGUCACUCAGUGACGCUCCUGGCGCUGUAACAUACAGUACAGUAUUUCCUGAUUGGGACGGUUCGAGGAUGGGGUGGUCUUACAGGCCUGGAAUUUCAUUUUUAAAAGGGCAAGGCCAUUUUUAUUUUGCAAAGGGCACUUCCAUUGGAAAAUCUUUAAUGUCAAUGGGGAACUUUUGAAGGGGCACCAAGGCCAAGACAAGGGGCAUUGGAGGCCAUGGCGUCCGUUGCCUGCGUGUAAUUCUGAGCCUGGACUAAGCAGUUUCAAAGUUCAUUAUGUUUGUUUGUUGGCUGUCAAUACAUCAGUGGUGCAUUAUUUCCAAUCAAGGAAGAAAAAUUACAUCUUGGAUUAUGAAUUUUGUUUUUUCGAAUCUAAAAAUAAUGCAGAUGUUACUUACAUAUUAUUUGUGGAAAGAAAACAAAACCUUGUCAUCUUAUCAACAAUCCAGAUGACCUUAUUGAAUGAAAACAUAUGUCUCUUUUUAUUUGCGCAGAGCUUCUUUUUGUUUUUCCAUACUCAAAAAGGGGCAAAAUUGUGUUAAAACUAAUUUGAUCUAACUUUUUAUCUUUAAAAAAGGAAAUACAAUGCGAUACAAUAAUUAACCAGUGACUUUUGGUCUGCUAGUGAUCCAUUUGUUCAUGACUUUUUCUGGAAAAAAUAAACUGUUGGUUGCAGCAAGCUGUUUGUAAAUUGGUUCCAACUGAUGGUCCCCUUGAAUUUGUGCAUUGUUUGCACUUGUGUAUACAGUUUGUUAUAUGGAGUUUAACCAAGAUUUUUGUAUUCGUUUGUUUUAAUAUACAUGUACAUAUGGCUUAAUUGACUUUUGUUGGGGCUUGUGUUUUCAUCAAAAGAAUGUAAAAAAUAACUUUUCAUUGACACAUGUACAAAUAUGUUGUGAUUAUUUUGGUCAAAAUGCCAUGGGAGUUUGGUGAAAUGUUUGAAUGGCUUAAGUUGUUCCUUAUUGACAUUUAUUUCCCUUUUUUAUCUGCAAAUAGGAAGUAACAAGCGAGCUAGAAAAUGUUUCUUUAACUGAGUAUGCUCUCUGUUUGAGGAAAUUAUACAAUGCAUUUUGUUAAAAUCAACCAGCUAUGUUUUAUUACAAUUUUGUUGGGGGAAAACAACUCGAAAUAGAAUAAAAAUGAAUCAGUUGUCAAUUUUAAUGGUGAGCUCAAUCAGGAAGGAUGACAAAAGGGUUCGAAUUUUAAGAUUUUGAAAAUUGUUUUGUGGGUUAGCCUGUACCACACUUUUGUAUUAAGGAUCACAUAACAUGCAUGCUGCACAAAAAGGUGCCAGGCUAUGUUGGCUGCAUGCAUGUCUCGAUAGGGUUGGAAUUGCAUAGGAAUAACAAGGUAGUACUUGACAUGAUAUUUUCUUUGGUUAAAAUAUUCAUUUAAAACUUCACACAUUUAUUUAGUUAUUUUGCUUUUUUUUUCCAUUCCAGAUAUUUUCAUUUUUUUAUUUUAUAAAGAUAAAAACACAGUUGUCGUCAUUGCUUUGGGCAAAAUGCAGAUAUGAUGUUAUUGUACAUGGAAGGUUCUUUGUACAGAAGAUAUUGUUAAUAACUUUUUGAAAUGAUAUUUAAGAUAUUUUUCUAUUUGUGAAUAUUAUAAUAAUGGUAUGGAAAUAUUAUAACUCCUACUCGAGAAAAAAUUUAUCUUUGUAAAUUGAGCAAACAGACUUGGGGCUGUCUGAAGUUUGGCAAAUUGUCUAAGCUGUAUAGAGAAUGCUGUUUCCAAGCCCCUCUUAAACUUAAAUUCAUUUCAAAUUAUUCUAUUUUACAUUUUCACUAUGUGUAUUAUAAAAAAAAUAUGUUUUCAAAAAUGUUUCAUUUACAAAUGUAUUUACAGUUCCCUAAAAACCAUGACAACUGAGAAAAUAAUGACAAAUUGAACAGUUCCUGAGCUGCUCGUGUACAGUGUUACUGGUAUUAUUUUGGAUACUUACAAGUAUUGGUGUAGGGUAUAAAAAUACUUUGUGUUGAAGCAAUCAUGGAAGAUACUCAGCAGAGUGUAAUGUGUUAAGCAGAGAAUAAUGGAUACCAGAAAGUGCAUUAAUCAAUCAUGCAAACUUUAGUUUCACUCUAAUACUUCAAAUGGUUAAUAUACAGUUGGUUUAUUUGGAGACUGCUUUAGAUUUUUAAUUAUAUUUGUUAUUUUUAGUACUGUAUCUUACUGUAGCCCUUGACCUAUGUGUGUGGUUUUACCGACCACAGCUACAUACACAACGUUUAUUGACCAAUCGUCGCUUGAAUUUCUUAUUCAUGUUUGUUUCUGCGGUGACUAAAAUAAGCUUGAAAACGAAAGGGUGCUACUUAUUCUUUGAUGUUAUAGAUUGAUCUGAUAUUGAUUUCCUCUAGGGGUGGAAUUCACAAAGAGUUAAGACUAUUCUUAUCUCGAGUUGGGAUGAGUUACUCAUUCUAACUUAGGACUAGCCUUCAGUUUUUAAUAUCUCAUAGGGCUAGUGCUAACUCUUUGUGAAAUCGACCCCUGGAUAUAAAUAUGAAACUUACCUAAAAUGGAUUGGUCUAAGACAGUUAUGGAGAAACAUUUGUUUUAAAUGGAGUUAGUGUAAAUAACGGUUUGACUUGUUUCAUCUUUUUGAAAUAAUGUGGUAGUAUAACGUGCCUGUCUUUGCACUUACAUACCCAUAUACAAAUAUUCUCACUUGCAAGAUUGCCCGGUCUUGGCCUCGGUGACCCCUGCUCAAAAAUAUUCUUCGGACACUUUGUCUUGAGCCAUCUCCUCAUGUGUAGAGAUAGCAUAAAGUGUUCUUUUCUGAUCAUGGGCAAAAAUAUAGGCCUGACAAAAGAUCAAGCCUUUUGCUUAUGUAGUUUUCUGACUGGUGCUUUUACAGUUCAGCUUAAAGCUUACUUCAAGUUUUAAUACUGGUAACAAUUAUUUUUUACAACAUUGUGACCAAAUGCGCAUUUUGCGAGGGUUACAGCAACUUUAAUACAAUUAUUUAUAAUUCACAACACCAGGUGAAAUAGUUUCAUUUUUGACCAAUUAAUUUAGAAAUGUAAUGACCACUCACAGUGAAUGACGAAACAUGUUGAUAGUAUGCACCGUCUUCGGCUGUUUAUUCACCCUGACCUAUUUGACCAAUCAUUGCAGAUAUGAAAAUUAUGUUUUUAGGCAUUUCAAAGUUAACACACUUGUGUUCGUGUCAAAUUUCACCAAGCUGCUUAGGCAGAAAAUAAUGCUUAACAACUUUCUGCAAAGCAAGGAUAGGCAGGGUACCAGUCACACUUUGUACAAGUGGCAUAGUAUUUGGCUGGUGAUCUUAUUCUGGUAAGCCGGAUUUUGUAAUGCUUAGCUAGUUUCUUGUGCUUAAGCAGCCUAUGAAAUCGACCAUGUCGUUACAGGUUAUAGGUUGUAUGUGUUGUGAAUUCUCACAGCAUCUGUUUAUAAUGGGGAGCUCAGGAACAAGACCUGAUAAUGCAACAUUCACUGUCUAAAGUUAGUGCCUCAAAAUAUUAACAGGUAGUUGGUGUAAUGAAUUAUAACUGUGGCAAUUCCAGUAAUAGUCUGCUGCUGAUUGUUUUAUUAUUAUUCUGUACAACGUUUAGACCAAACUUAACGCACAUUUGGGUUUGGGCAACAGUCUACUUAGAUUACUUCUCAAGUUGGUUUGUUUAUAGUUUUGCAGUAUAAGUGUUUAAUGUUUCUUUCUCUUGACACAAAUUGAUUGACCAGUUUUCUAGCUCAUUGAUUAAUUGAAUGAAUUGGGCUCGAUUUCACUGACAAGCUGAGACUGCGCUUGUUUAGCAAGUGUGAUGUCACAAUAAAAGUCACUAUGAUAAUACUGGCAACUCAUCAUAAAGUAUCUUUUGAUCUUACUGUCAAAUCUAUGCUGUACGCUGCACUGCCAAAUCUACAGUGUUAAAUUGACACCAUGUGUGUUGUCACAUACAGAUCACGAAAGUCUACAUUUAGACCUAAGGAUGUUAAAAUAUAACUAAUGACUGCAAACAAUAAUAGAGUGUUAUUUACACCUGUGGUGUUCAUUUUGACUCUGUUCAAUGUCUUUAUGUGACAACACCCAUGUUGUCAAUUUUAACACCCCAGGUUUUUGCAGCGCUUCUGGUAUUCAGUAUCCAUUGUCAGAUAACCAACACUAAAUUACAAACAUGGUAAACUCUUUCAAAAUAUCAUUUUAGCCAUUAAAGGCUUUUAAAAUAAGAAUAACGAACAUAAAAAUGGCAUGACAUUUUAUUUUGCAUGCUGUUGUUUUUCGUACAGAUUCAAUUGCAUUGCUACUUGUUUUAGAAAGCAAAAAUUAUAAGAUAUCUAAUAAACAUAUUAAUGAAUUUAGAUUUUUAAUAAAUGUAUUAAUGAAUUUGUCAGAUAUCUUUUAAAGUUUCUGCAAUAUAAACAUACACAACUUUUUUGAGAUGUAUAAACUUUUUAAUGUAAUUGUAACAUAAUAAAUAUUGACUCGGCUUAUUUUACAUGUGAAAAUAUAUUUUGAAAGGUAGAGGUCUCUUCAAGCAUACACGGUACGCAUAAUUAAUAACAUUAUAAUAUUGAGGAAUGUUAAUAAAGUAUUGCAUUCAAAACUUGUCUGCAGUAUUGCCUGUCAAGUCAA